AUGCGGUAUGGCGGUGGGAAGGAGGUGGUGGAGGCGACGGAUCGGGACGGGACGAGCGGACGCGCGGCGUUGGCGCGGUUGUUCGAACACGCGUUGACGCUCGUUGAAGCGAGCGAGAGCGCGGUGAGCGGAGGGAUGAUUUUCACGACGAUUGAGAUCGUGCUCGAGGCGUGCACGAUCGCGGAGGCGGAGGACGUGCUGCUGUGGUGCGAUGAGAAUAAGACGCGCCUGCGAGAGACGACGAUUUGGAAAAAGGGCAAACUGCCGACGCUUCGAAUGUUGAUCGCGCUCGCGAAGCGGUGCGUGGGGCGAAGCUCGGACGAGGCACGGGUGAAAGGGCGGGCGUUGGUUUUGAUAAGCUGGUUCAUGGGUCUGAGCGAUCGAUCGGGGAUGAAUAAGAAUGGCGAUAGUAAUCCGGAGACGACGGCUAUUUUUGAGCAAGAGGAGUGGUUGCGGGAAGAGCUCGAGGACGGCGUCGGGGUGGAUGCGGACGCGAAGAUUAAGAUGGAGGUCGACAGCGGCGAAGGUGAUGUAGCAGCAGACGACGACGACAACGAGUUUGGCGUAGACGACGCGUUUCAUCGCACGUUUUGGUCGCUCCAGCAGUAUUUUCAAGACCCGCCGACGACGAUGUCCAAAAAUGGCGCGUGGAAUAGCUUUCACGCCAUCUUGUGCGUGGUUCUGGACAAGUUCGAGGCGUUCCCUCUGGGUGAGACGGCGGGAACGAUUGACGAGGAGCCAGAAUCGGAAAAGCGAAAAAUGAUUGGGCAUCGCUUUCUCACCGCGAGACGCCUGCUGCCUUUGCAGAUGCAGGAUUUCGUGUUUCGUCGUCAAAUUUUAAUUCAGGCGGUCUUCUUCUUACAGUAUAUGGAUAACGAAAAGUUUAAGGAGCACGUCGUGGACGACGAAGUCACGGAAUUGUCCGAGCGAGUGAUGAAGAUCUUGAAACGCACCGGACCGAACGCCGUCGCCGACGCUGGCAUCAUCGAGAACGCCUUGGAAGACGAGUUGAGUUGGCGCAAGUGGAAAGAGCAAGGUUGCCCGAGCUUUGAGAAGCAACCGAUCGAUUUCGAGACCGAACCGAUGCCUGAUAAUUGGGACAAAAAGUAUUCGAACUGGCCGCCCGAUCAGUAUCCACCCGAUGAUCCAAAUCUGAAACACGAUUUCGAUCACCCAGAGCUCAACCGAUUGUGGAAUUUAGGCGAAGACGAUCCGAAUGGGACGUCUGUGGACGCCUUGAAAGAGGUGAGCGUGGAGGAGUUCUUGAAACCGUGCCUGGAAGAGAUGGAUCCUUCGCAACAAGUUGAAGCUGAAUACAGAAGAGUCAAUGACCCGACGUUUAGAUGGAAAGCCAUGCGCAUGCUCUCAAAGAACCACUUGCACUUGUUCCCAAAAAUCGCCGCGGAGGGAUUGGAGAGCGUCGUUCCAGAUAUUUUGGGAGUCCCAGACCCUCGGCCGCCGAAAGAAAAGAGUGAAGAAGAGCUGGCAAAGGAAUCAAAACCCGCGGAGGAAGGUAAUGUCGGCACUGGCGGCAAGCAUAACCUUCUCGGUUCUCACGACGAGGUGCUCGACGGCGCGCUGGAGCCAAUCGAAGGUGACGUCGACAUGGAAGAGGAAGAGAAGCAACCUCCGGUAGUCGAGAAAGCUACAGACGAAGCGAAAGUUGAAGAUAAGCCGAAAUUCACGCCACCACCACCGCGUCAUACAGUGCCGAAGGAUGCUCCGGCCACGGAAUCGGCCGCCAAGGAAACGCCAGUUAAAGACGAACCCGUUCAGGACAAGAAGAGAGAGCGGUCACCGGAACCGAGCCAGGAGACGAUAAAAUCAGACGAUACGGCGCGCCAACAAGGCGGUCGAGGUGGUCGAGGCGGUCGAGGUGGCCGAGGUGGUCGAAGUCAAGGCAAUGGGCGCGGAGGAAGAGGCGGAAGACAGCGAGUGACUGCGGUGCGACCGCCGCCACGCCAACGUUCGCCGCCGCGUCAACGUUCGCCGCCGCGUCAACGUUCGCCGCCGCGUCAACGUUCGCCGCCGCGACAGCCGCAGUCGCAGCAUAAUCGUCGCGAGCCUGCCGGCGGACGCGGUGGGCAGCGAUACUCCAAUCCUCGCCAACAGGGCGGACAACAGCAACAGUAUCAGCGACAAGGCGGUCGUGGGCAGCAGCAAAACGCGCCCGCUCCUCCUGCACGUCAGCAGCAAAAUCUCGGUAAACGCCGACGAGACGAUGGUCCAGAUGCUGGUUCGCAACAAGCGCCGGCGGACCGAGGCAGACCCCGUGCGCGUGGAAAUCAAGGUCAGAGAUUCUCUCGACCGCAACAUAGAAAUAAUAGGCGAUAG